UCCUAAGACAUGUAGUUGAUCAACAUUCUUGUAAACAUUACCAAUUCGCAAAAUUUAUCUAUCAUUUUGUAGAAUGUGGAGACCUUAACCGUCUGUAUAAAGUUAAGGGCUUCCCGAUCAGUAAACGACUUUAAAUAAACCAGCAUACUUUGUUACGUACGCGAUUGCUUUCACUCUAGAUUCGCUAGGCAACGUACAUUUCGGCGACCUUGACAGGGCACAGGGUCUGUAUAAACGUACAAGUUCAAUUCAUUGUGUGAUAUCUUGGACACUAUUUCUGCACUGCGCGAGUAAUUGCUAUCACUCUACUUAGAAACUGGUUUACUUAAUGAAAUUAUAGUUCACAAUGUUCUCUUAAAGGUGAAUUCAUAUGCUCGGCAAGCCUACAAUUGAUAUCUAGACUAUGUUGCCUUAACAACUUUUACAAGACGUUUAGCCGAUACUGCGAAUUCCUGGACGUCAUCGCGCCGUGCACCAUUUCGGAGCGGCUGUCAGAAAGGCAUCAGGAAAAAUCGCCAUGGCAACUUACGUAAGGCAUUUGUCGCGGCCCAGAACAGCGGUCUCAAGUGCAAAUCAACGGAUCACACCAUCGGGAAAAUGCCCCUCAUUUGCAGAGUUCAGCGUCAAUAAGCGGUUCAACUUUUGUGCCUAAAUUGCCUUAGCAAGGUGCACAUGGCGGGCAAGUACAGCUUCAAAUUUAAAUGCCACGUAUGCCGGGAAUGCAGCUCUCAGUCACCACAAUAAAGUCAAGAGUAGGACACGGAGAGUGGUUGCUCAAAUUUGUCAUAACGAAGUUCAUCACUCAAAGCCAGUCGAAGAGCAUUGUUAAAACCAACUGAUGGAAGCUUCAGGUCGGAAUCCAACCCUUAAUUCUACAAACCAAGCAAGAUCGACAUUUUAAUCAGUACCCAGGAAUUGUUUAAGCUCUUCGGAGAAGGUAAAAUAUCUGUCGGUCCAAAUCUACCCUAUUUGCAAAAUUCUUCACUUGGAUGGCUGAUUAGCGGCAGAAUCGACGAGGCCAGAAGUAUAAAGGCUCAUGCAUUUAUAUGCAAGGGGGAAAGUAUUUGAGAUCUCAACGUCAACUUGAAGAAGAUCUGAGCACAGAUCAGCCGGCUCUCACAGAGGAAGAAGAAGCCUGCGAAAAACACUUCACACCUCAGGUAACAGUCCUUGGUUCCGGAUGCGUUCAGAUUACAGAUCAUGUUAAUAUCUCCCAGCCACACUACUUUUUUCUCAACAACGAAGUUACGUGUAGUAGCUAUUCGACGCGUCAGCUGGAACAUCGAGAGACCUGUCCCUCGAGUAAUUUCAGUCCUAGCCCGUCUUUGCGACUUACUCGGCUUGCUCAGCCCAGUGGUUUUUCGCUGCAAAAUCUUCCCUCAACAACUCUGGCUGCAAGGACUUGGAUGGGACGACACAGUAACAUCUAACCUAAUCAUGGAAUUGCAUCGAAUCGAAUUAGAUCUCCAGAGAACUAAUAAAAUCGAAAUUCCACGAUUUUCGCAAGCAGAGAGAUACCCUGGUUAUCUCCUCACCGGUUCGUCCCUUUAGACAUUCCCUAAACCAACUAUGCAUGGCAGCAAGCUAUAGUAUCGUACACUAUUUCAACGCAUCGUGUACACAAAAAGACGCCAAUAAGACCUGUGACGGCGGGAUUACAUGCACACGCUUUAGAUGCGAUCGAUAUUCAAACGCCUAAAGGAGGUUUGCGACGCCCAAUCUGCAAAAUAGCAUCUUUGCCAAUCCAACAUGGUGCUCGAAAGCUACACCUUUCAACAGGCGGAGAAGGCUUGGACCUACUAUUAUAUUCGUAUUUAAUCAUUUUUAGUAUAGCGGGGUAUUUAUGUAUUAAAACCUGUUCCUAGGCUAUGUACUUUAUCAACGAUUUGAUAAACGACUUAUUAAACUAUAUUUAACAAAUUCCUCAUUCCCACGCCAGAGGUAGAGGUUUUUGAGCGUUUUUUGUGGUUUCCUCAAGAUUCUAUUGCAUAAUGCAAAUACUUUAUUGAUCUCUUAUUAUCUAAUUUCAAAAUUUAACAAUUUGUGAAAAACUUUACUAUAAGCGAUUUGGAUUUUUCC